CUAGAAAGGAUGCCCCGCUGCGAAGUUGGAUCUUGCCCCCCCUCUGGCCACAUACCUUCCUGGCCAUGUGGCUAGUUUGUCAUGCAGGGGGCUAGAAAGGAUGCCCUGCUGCGAAAUAGCAGACCGGAUUUCGCCUUCAAUGCUUAUCGCAGGAGCCUGCGGGCCGCCGCGGGCGACAGUAGUUGUCCGCGGCCCUUUAGGGCCGCGGGGAAGUGGUGGAGCCCGCGGCGGCCCGCAGGCUCCUGCGAUAAGCUUUGAAUGCGAAUCCGGAAGCCCCCGAUGACCCGCGAUAGAUGGCAAGAUUUACUUUAAGCUUAAGGGCCGCGGACAACACAGAAGAAGAAGUGGGAUUCUAAUUAAAAAGAAAUGGUGGCGGCAGCCGCGCGGCGAAAGCGCGGCCCGCAGGGCCGCGCUUGCGCCGCGCGGCUGGUUUGGCUUUCGCGCUGGUUAGAUUUUCGCGCACGCAUUUGGUUACCAAUAUCGCCCUCCGGGCGCGAUCUUCAUACUUGUUUGCAACGAAGAAACUGA